AUGGGGAGGGGGAGAGGGACCGGCGGGCUCUGCCGGAGUGGGGGGAGCUCCCUCCGCCUCCCCGCCCCCGGGCGGGACCGGCCUCCCCCCCGCACCUCCCCACCGCCUCCUCCGGGCGGGGGGAACCCUGCGAGCGGCGGCGAGGAGCACCGGCACCGCUGCGCUGUCCUGCGGGACGAGCGGGGCCGGGCGGUGCCGAACCGGGCCGGGACAGCGGGGCCGAGCCGGGCCGGUCCGUCCCGAGCGGGCGGCGCUGCCCGCGGUGCUGAGCGGGCCGGGCGCUGUCCGCGGUGCUGCAGGGGCGGCCCUGCCGGUGCCCCCCGAUCCCCCCGGCCAUGGGUCCUACGCCGCCGGCCCGGGGGGGACGGAUACAACGAGGCGCUGCUGCACAAGACAAUCCUGGUUGGAGACAGCGGCGUGGGGAAGACAUCUCUGCUGGUCCAGUUUGACCAGGGCAAGUUCAUUCCUGGCUCCUUCUCCGCCACUGUGGGCAUUGGGUUUACGAACAAAGUGGUGGCCGUGGAUGGUGUGAAGGUGAAGUUGCAGAUCUGGGACACGGCAGGACAGGAGCGGUUCCGCAGCGUCACCCACGCCUACUACAGGGAUGCCCAAGCCCUGCUCCUGCUCUACGAUAUCACCAGCAAGAUGUCCUUUGACAACAUCCGCGCCUGGCUGACGGAGAUCCACGAGUACGCACAGAAGGAUGUGGUCAUCAUGCUGCUGGGCAACAAGGCUGAUGUGAGCAGCGAGAGGGCUGUGAGGACAGAGGAUGGAGCAUCGCUGGCCAGGGAAUAUGGGGUGCCUUUCAUGGAGACGAGCGCCAAGACAGGCAUGAACGUGGAGCUGGCCUUCCUGGCCAUUGCCAAGGAGCUGAAGCAGCGCGCGAUGCAGCCGCUGGACGAGCCCCGGUUCCAGAUCCACGAUUAUAUCGAGUCACAGAAGAAGAAAUCCAGCUGCUGUGUCUUCUCCUGAGGGCGGCCGGGAGGAGCCAGCAGCCCUGGGGGCACAGGCAGGAGACAGAGAGGGGCCUGAUCCUGCCCUCGAGUGCCUGAGGGAACCAGGCUCUGACAAGCCAAGGUGGACGGGACAAUACAGCGGAGCAGAGAGUGCACGAGGAGGGCCCUCGCCCCAGUUCCAGGAUCCAGGGGCCAGAUCCUUCUGCCCCGUGAAGCAACGCCUGGAGCUUGC